AUGCACUCCAGCGCCAUCGUCCUCGGUCUCAUUGGCCUUGCCAGUGCCCAGACUCUCAACAUUCCCUCUCGCGUGGGCGACAUCGUCUCUUUGCCUUCUCCCAGUGUGAUCAAGGGCGAUGUUGAUCUUCGUAACGGGGAGUACGACCGUGGUCAACCCUGCGACAACGACGAUGACACCGGCUCCGACAACGCCGUGUUCGUCUUGGAGGACGGAGCAUCCCUGAGCAACGUGAUCAUUGGAGCGGACCAACUCGAGGGCAUCCACUGCGAGGGAUCCUGCACCCUGAAGAACGUCUGGUUCCGUGACGUCUGCGAGGACGCCAUUUCCAUCAUCGGAACUGGAGACGCUCUCAUCCAGGGCGGAGGUGCCCAGGAGGCCAAGGACAAGGUCAUCCAGCACAACGGCGUCGGAACCGUCACCAUUGAUGGAUUCACCGUUGUGAACGCCGGCAAGCUGUACCGUUCAUGCGGUAACUGCAGCAACAACAAGAGCAAGAGCCCUCGCACCGUCGUGGUCAAGAACGUCCAGGCCAGUAACGUGCCUACCCUUGUUGGAAUCAACUCCAACUACGGCGACCAGGCUGAGAUCAGCGAUACUUGUGGAUCCGACGUCAAGCACGUGUGCCAGGAGUUCGAGGGUGUUGAGAAGUCCGAUGACAAGGAGAGCCCCAAGCUGACUUCGACUGAUUCCUGCAAGGGACAGUUGACUCUUUCUUCCUGCUAA